CAUCUCGCCUCGCGGCAAGCGCGGCGUGUCGCGUGCGCCCCGAGCCCGCCGGCGCUUCGCGGGCCUCUGCCGCUUCCCCGGGCCUCUGCCGCUUCCCCGGGCCUCUGCCGCUUCCCCGGGCCCCGGGCCUCUCCUGCUGAGCUCCGGCCCGGCCCGGCCCCGCGGCAUGGCCGCGUACAAGCCAGUGGUGGUCCAGGCGUGCCCCAAGCUCGGGGAGAGGAUCACGCAGGACACGCUGUACUGGCGGGGAUACAAGACACCUGUUCAGAUAAAGGAAUUCGGUGCAGUAAAUAAAAUUGACUUUUCCCCGGUCCCACCAUAUAACUAUGCUGUCACAGCAUCCUCGAGGGUAAGUGGCCUUUCUGAGGCUUUUAUGCUGUUCUUCUUCAGCUGGCAUGACGCCAGGAGAUGUAAUUCCCUCUUGUUCUGGCAGAUCCACAUCUACGGCCAGUACUCCCAGGAGCCCAUCAAGACGUUCUCUCGCUUCCGGGACGCAGCGUACUGUGCCACCUACAGGGACGACGGGCGCCUGCUGGCCGCCGGCAGCGAGGACGGCAGCAUCUGCCUCUUCGACGUCAGCGGCAAAGCACCGCUCAGGCAGUUCGAGGGUCAUACCAAGCCAGUUCAUCUAGUGGGAUUCCUGUCUGAUAAAUACCGAAUAUUUUCCGGUGGUGAUGAUUAUUCAUCAAAAUUGUGGGAUAUUCCAAGUGCCACAGAAAUCAUCUCUUACAGUGAACAUACUGACUAUGUGAGAUGUGGCUGUGCAAGUAAAGUGAAUGCAGAUGUCUUCAUAACAGGUUCCUAUGAUCACACUGUGAAACUGUUUGAUGCACGAACAAAGAGUAGUGUCAUGACGAUAGAACACGGCCAUCCUGUGGAGAGUGUGCUUCUCUUUCCAUCUGGUGGACUUCUGGUAUCUGCAGGAGGUCGAUAUGUCAAAGUGUGGGAUGUACUAAAAGGUGGACAGUUAUUAGUUUCACUUAAAAAUCACCAUAAGACUGUGACUUGUUUGUGCCUGAACAGCUCUGGACAAAGGUUAUUAUCAGGAUCCCUGGACAGGCAUGUGAAGAUUUACAGUACUACAUCCUACAAAGUGGUCCACAGCUUCAACUAUGCAACAUCAAUCCUCAGUCUUGCGUUGUCGCCUGAAGAUGAAACCAUAGUUGUAGGCAUGACCAAUGGGGUGCUAAAUGUUAAACACAGAAAACCAGAAGAAAAGAAUGAAAAUUCUCAAAAGAAGAGACAACCAGCAUAUAGAACGUAUGUGAAAGGAAGAAGUUACAUGCCAAAGCAGGAAGAUUUCUGUGUCAGUAAACCUGUAAAACGUGUUUUGAGAAAAUACGAUAAGCUGCUGAGGAGCUUUCAGUCUUCCAAGGCUCUUGAUGCGGUACUGGAGCCACCCAUCAUGCUUCAUACCCCUGAAGUCACGGUUGCAGUCAUGCAGGAACUGCAUCGCAGAGGAACACUGAGAAGUGCACUUGCAGGCCGAGAUGAGAAGCAAGUUAAUCUCCUGCUUACCUUUGUGGCAAGGCGUGUGAUUGAGCCUAGAUUUACUCCUGUGCUGGUUAUUGUUGCUGAUAUGAUCACUGACAUUUAUCAGCCUGUGGUUGGGCAGUCAGCAAUAGUUGAUAAACAGUUCUUGAAACUCCAGCAAGCUAUUGGAAAAGAAAUUGACUAUCAAGAAGAGCUACUAGAAGUUUUGGGAAUGAUGGAUACACUGUUUGCUACUUUUACUAAGAAAAGAGAUACGUGUCUAGAAGAGAACAAAAGUAAUGGUGUCACGGAGAUCAUUGAAACAAAUAGGAAUUACUGACACCCAUCUCAACAAAUUGUCACAAUUGUGAACUUGAAAGACAUGACCUGUUCUGGUAAUUUCUUACAAUAGUGACUUUCAAAAUAAGCCUAUGUUGAAGUUCUGUCUUUUAAACUGUGUUGCUGAAUAGGCUUGAUUACUGAAGAUAGAGAAAGAGGACAUUUUCAAAAUUGCCCAUGCAAUAUUUUUCAAACAGUUUAGUUUUAAAGUUUUGUUUCAGAGUUACAUAACUUCUUACAUUUACAUGGGGAUUUACAUGGCCUCGUUUUUGGUAGCAGCAGGGCUGCAUGGGUGGCUUCUGUGAGAAGCUGCCAGAAGCUUCCCUCAUGUUUGGCAGAACCAAUCCCUGGUUGCUCCAAAGAUGGACAUGCUGCAGGCCAAAGCUGGGUCAACUAGAAAUGGGGAUAACAAAGUUAUUGUGCAGUUGUAAUUGUGGCCAGAGAAGAGCAGAGUGGGAACAUGUGAGAAGAACAACCCUGUGGACACCGAGGUCAGUGAAGAAGGAGGGGCAGGAGAUGUUCCCGAUGCUGAGAUUCCCCUCCAGCCCAUGGUGACACAGCCCUGCCCCUGCAGCCCAUGGAGAUCCAUGGGGAAUGCAGAGAUCCACCUGCAGCCCAUGGAGGAGCCUGUGCUGGAGCAGGUGGAUGCCUGGAGGAGGCUGUGACCCCGUGGGAGACCCAUGGAGAGAGGGGCCCUGCUCCCAGGCUGGAGCAGCCUGCCCUUGGAGGACUGCAGCCGUGGAAGCGUGACCACAGCAGUGUGGGGAGGACUGUUGCCUGUGGGAUGACCCACACUGGAGGAGUUCAUGGAGAUCUGUCUCCAUGGGAGGGGAGCCCACAGUGCAGGAGGGGAAGGACUUCUCCCUGAGCAGUGGGAGAAGCCUCAGGUCAUGGACUGACCAUAACCCCCAUUCCCUGUCUUCCUGUGCCACUGGGGGAGGAGGUAGAGCUGGGAAGGAGGGAGGGGGUGAGGGGAAGAUGUUUUUAAGGGUUUAUUUUACUUCUCAUUGUCCUGCUCUAAUUUUGUUUAGUAAUAAUUAAUAUAUCUUAGUUGAGCCUGUUUUGCCCGUCAUGGUAUUCGAUGAGUGAUCUCUCCCACUCCUUAUUUCAACCCAUGCAUCCUUUGUUAUAUUUUCUCUGCCCGGUCCAGCUGCAGAGGAUUGAGUGAGGGGCUUUGGUGGCUGCCUGGUGUGUGGCCAGCACCAGCCCACUACAGUUGUGUGUCCAGUACUGUCAGCAGUCAACAAUUUUCAGUUUUUAUUUACCAGAAAAUAAUUGGUUGUGUAAUUUUAAUGUGUCACUGUCUUUAUUUAAGGUUAAUAUCCGAUCUCACAUCCUUGAAAAUACAAAGAAAACAGCAUACACAUUUGAUAACACUUCACUACAUUGUUUUUUCUCUCCCUGCUUCAUCUCCAUUUAAGAGUUUCACGAAUUCACAGCACACAGCAGAAUGAUUCAAGAAGUGCAUGCUUAGGUAUAUUGAAAAAGUUUAGUUUACUUUUUUAAUGAUGCGUAUGUAUUUAUGAGUUACAGUUUUUCUAGAAAAUAGGUAAUACUUCUAAAUGGGAAUUAAUUUGAAUUAAAUUCAUGUAAUGAGUAAAGUACCAAUGAGAAAAUAUCAAGUUAAAUAUCAAAACUCAAUUUUGUGUAAUUCUGCCACUUUCAAUGUGCAGUAGAUGGAAUUUGAGUCUAUUGUUUGAAUGCUAGGGUAAUGGUUUAUUUUAACUUCAGGCAGGGCUGGAUCAGUAUGAAUGCAAUGGAAAGAGGUGUGCCAAAGGCUGUUGAGUACAUGUAGUAUGACAUUAGGGUAGAACUUUGUUCUUAACCUGUUCUAUGGCUUGAAUUCUCCUAUAGGCCUGGAAUUUGGUAUGUAAUAGGAAUUUCUUGCAAAAUUAAUUUGCUCAUGUAAGACAUUGAAAGGCAGAUAUAAGUGGUAGAAAUAGCUAGAAAAAUUUUGCAAGUUCUACCUAAAAUCUUAACAAUUGUGACUGAAAAACAUGGAAUGCUGUUAGGUCUGCCCUUAAAUUGGGAUGUGAACAAUGUAUGUUCCUGACUACUAUUGUUACUGGUUUUGAAUAGUUAGAAUGAUAACAGGUAAUGAUGAGGAGCAAACUUCAAACUUCUAGUUUGCUUACUUAGCUAAUAUUUAUUUUUUAUUUUGUUUGUGUUAAUAGACCUGGAACUUCUUCUGUCUUUUAGGAAAUCAGUGUACUUCUUUUAAUUGUGUGACUUAAUCAGGCAAUAGCACUUAGAUUUCACACAGAAUUAAUUUUCGGAGUGGAGAUGCAGGGGAUGCUUAUCUUGGAGCCUCCUUAUUCUGUGAACUAGUACUGCUUGGAGUUGAAGGAGCACAUUUCUCUUGGCAGCUUAGUUUUUUUUCUAUGGCUUGAAAGCCACUAACCUUGACAUAAAACAUACUCUUAGUUCUUACUGACAGUAUUCAUGUCUAUCGUAUGUAUCCAUUUCAGUGCUUUAAGGUUUGAUGUGUGGCUAGAAGAAGCAUAGGAAAAUGUUAGAUUAAAAUAGAGAUUAGUUGGAUCUAAAGUAGAGAGAGAUGGAUUUGAUGGUUGGACUCUUAAGUGGAUGAGAAUUUGGUUGGUUGUUUGCAUCCAGAGGGUAAUGGUCAAGGGCUCAAUGUCCAGUUGGAGAUCAGAGAUAUGUCAGCAAUGUCCCUUAGGAAUCCAUAUUGGAACCAGUACAAUUCAGUGUCUUCAUCAGUCGCAUGGACAGUGGGAUCCUCGGCAGGUUUGCAGAUGACACCAAGUCAAGUGAUGCAGCUGACACACAUGAAAGGUGGGAUGCUGUUCAGAGGGACCUGGACAGACUUGAAGAGGGGCCCAUGUGAACCUUAUGAGGUUCAAUAAGACCAAGUGCAAGGUGCUGCACGUGGGUCAGAGCAGCCCUGGUACCAGCACAGGCUGGGGAUGAACAGAUCCCAGGAGCCCUGCCCAGAAGGGCUUGGGGGUGCUGGUGGCUGAGAGGC